GGGGGUCAGUGGGGUUACGGUCUCUUCCGUGUUUUACAGCUGGACGUAGCGACGUCUUACGUCACACAUGGGCAGGGAUUCGCACCGCCGCAUUGUUAGGGGCAAGAGAGGCGAGCUAGCCUGUUAGCAUAUAGCUGCAUCCUAGCCUAUCUACAGUAUGUCCUACUAUUGAACAAACCGACCGCAUUAAAAUAGACGAAUGGUUAUUUUAAAGAGCGGUUUAAUGCGACUGAGAGCGCCUGUCGCUGAAUUGAAACGGUUGUCCUGGACACUGCACUGUAUCAUUCAGAUACAAUUAAACGCUCGAGCGGAACCAGUUGGAUGCUAAAGUAGUUAGCGUGGACUGCGUGUGGAAUUAGCCGCUGCUAUCCUGCAGGCCCUGCACACCGCUAGCUACAAGCUAGCCUGCCUUCGCGUUGCUUUGAAGGCUUACUUGGGGAUUCCUCGAAGCAGAAGGUGUUGAAAAUGAGGAAGAAAGGGAGACAUCAUCGUGUGGCCACACCACAAAGGCCCCCGUCGCCCAUCAAACCCUCAAGAAACCGUGAGACUCUAACCUACGCCGAGGCCCAGCGGAUGGUUGAGUUGGAAAUUGAUGGACGUGUUCACCGACUCAGCAUCUACGACAAGCUCGAUGUAAUCAGCAGCGAUGAUCCUUUAGCUCAGGAGAUCAGUGAAUGCAACAGUAACAAGGAAAACACAGAGGAACCCCAGCAGGUUUUGGUGCGUUCUGUGCGGCUCAAAAACAAUCAGCAGAAGAAGAGUGCUGCUCUGAACACAGGGCAGGGUUCUCCAGCUCAGGGCAGGCUACCAGAGCCGAAAAUUCGAAUGAUUGAAUAUAAUCUUCCAGCUGUGCCGCGAAGACCCUCUACUUAUUACUCUCACGUGGAGAAGACCUUAGAUGAGCUGGAUGAGGAGGUGGAAUAUGAUAUGGAUGAAGAAGAUUAUGCAUGGUUGGAGCUGAUCAACGAGAAGAGGAAGAGUGAGGGUUUCAGUCAGGUUUCCCAGAAUGUUUUUGAGUUCCUAAUGGACCGCUUUGAAAAAGAGUCCUUUACUGAGAACCAGGGUCAGGGAGAUCCACAGUCUCUCAUUGAUGAGGACGCAGUCUGCUGCAUCUGCAUGGAUGGAGAGUGCCAGAACAGUAACGCUAUUCUGUUUUGUGACAUGUGCAACCUAGCAGUGCAUCAGGAGUGUUACGGGGUGCCACACAUUCCAGAGGGCCAGUGGUUGUGCCGGCACUGUUCACAGUCUCCCUCCCAACAAGCAGAGUGUAUUUUUUGUCCCAAUAAAGGUGGAGCACUUAAGAGGACAGAUGAUGAUCGAUGGGGCCAUGUAGUUUGUGCUAUCUGGGUUCCUGAGGUUGGUUUUACUAACACCGUUUUCAUUGAGCCUAUUGAUGGUGUAGCUAAUAUUCCACCAGCUCGUUGGAAACUGACCUGCUACCUCUGUAAAGAGAGAGGGGUUGGAGCCUGCAUUCAGUGCAGCAAGGCCAAUUGUUACACCGCCUUUCAUGUGAGCUGUGCUCAGAAAGCGGGCUUGUACAUGAAGAUGGAGCCAAUUAAAGAGGUGACUGAUACAGGAUCCACCACAUUUUCAGUGAAGAAGACAGCCUAUUGUUGUUCUCAUACUCCUAGUGGAUGCACCAGGAGGCCUCUUACCAUUUAUGAUGAAGCUCAACCCAAAAACAGUCUUUGUCAAAAGGACAAACAAAAAAGUAGGAGGGCAAAAGUGAAGGGAUGCCAGAAGAAGAAAAAUAAGAAAGUAGAUGCACAGUCAGUUCCAGCGGUUCCAGCUGUUUCAGUACCUAGUAUAACACCUAAAAGGUAUCUCUCUUUUUGGUUUAUUAAUGAAAACUCAUCCAAAGACUUUCCUUUGCGAAGUACAUGUAUGAAAGAUGUAGAUGGUUUUUGUUGGUUUAACAUUUCAGUUUGCUGUAUUUGGUUGGUGUAUUUCACUUUUUUUUUUGCCAGUGGUAGGCUACCAUUAUGGUUCUCUAGAAUUUCCUCCUUGAUUUUUAUAUCACGGUUUUUAAAACUGUUGUCUUCCAGCUUCAACACUAUCCUCAACCAAGUCUCUGUUCAGAAGAAAAGACAGUUUGUGGAACGUGUUCUCAGUUACUGGAUGCUGAAGAGGCAGUCAAGAAAUGGCGUGCCCCUGAUCCGACGCCUGCAAACAACCAUCCAGACUCAAAAACUAUCACGAUUGGAGCAACAUGAGGAGGAUUGCCAGGCACUAAAGGAGCAGCUGAAGGAUUUGCAUCGUUUACGCCAUGACCUGGAGAGGACACGUUUGCUACUGGAACUCGUACGGAAGCGAGAGAAGCUCAAGAGAGAGCAGAUGAAGCUUCAGCAGUCAGUGCUGGAGAUGCAGCUCACUCCGUUUGCUAUCAUGCUGCGAGCUGUGUUGAACCAGCUGCAGGAGAAAGACCAGUCCAGGGUCUUCGCCCAGCCAGUCAGCAUCAAGGAGGUCCCAGACUAUCUUGAUCACAUCAAGCAUCCAAUGGACUUCUCUACCAUGAGGAAACGCAUUGAUGCGCAUGAAUACAAGAGCAUGGAUGAAUUUGAGGAUGACUUCAACCUCAUCAUCAAUAACUGCAUGACAUACAAUGCCAAGGAGACCUUUUUCUACCGUGCUGCUGUGCGCCUGCGAGACCAUGGAGGAGCUAUUCUCAGGAAGACUCGACGAGAUGCGGAGAGAAUAGGGUUUGACUUUGCCAGUGGGAUGCAUCUACCCGAGCCACCUAAAAUAGAACCUCAUCCAUUGCUGACAUGGGAAGAGGUGGACCGGUUGUUAAAUCCUGCUAAUCGACUGCACAUGUCUUUGGAAGUGCAGCUCAAUGCACUGCUAGAGAUGCUUGAUUUAACGAGUGCGAUGAAAUCUAGCCCAUCACGGAGCAAGCGCCUCAAGCUCCUCAAAAAAACCAUCAGCGAUGUGCGGCUUGAAAUGAGCCAGAAGACUACAUGUCCUCCCUCAGAACAGAGCCAGUCCCAUGAGAACACACUGCUCCCUGUUCCAGAGUGUUUGGAAGAAGUUGACAAGACAUUACCUCCCAAACUAGAGCCAUCAGCUUCUGCUCCACUUGUCACAAAUUCAGAAAAUAUCUCUGAGCCUCCUGCACUGAAACCCAUGGACCUCAGCCCUGAGAAAUGCCAGAGAAAGAUCACGCUUGAUGGCAAGAUGCUCUCUACCUCACUGUUAAAUGGACUUUCCUCUGAUCUGCAGCCCUCUGAAAACAACGUCAUGGUAGCUACUUCCACUCUCACAGAACCAGCAGGCACAAUUAACAGAAGGACCUCAGUGCUCUUCCGGAAGUCUAAGAGUAUGAGCCCACAGAAACCAGUAAAGACGGGAGAAGCUUCAGUGGACUGCCCUCAGCUUGGCACCAAAACAUUCCUCUCAGUUGUGAUUCCACGCCUUGAGACGCUGCUUCAGCACAGGAAGAGAGCUCACAGUGGGGACAGCCAGGACGGAGAUGAAGGGGAACGCCCAGCCAAGCGUAUCGAUAAAGGUUUCUCUAAUGGCUGUAUAGUACUGGAGCAGCAAAAACAGCUGAGCAGCAGAGUCCUAGAACCUCGCCGUCGCUGUGCCUCCGAGUCCAGCAUCUCCUCAAGUGGCAGCACUAGUCUGCUGGACAGCACCAGUGCUGUCAGUCAUCCAAAGUGCGGUAAAGGGAAGCAGGCAAUGGCACGGCGAAACACAACGGAUGACCGAAAUGAGCUGAUUGCAUGCAUGGAAACAGGGACCCUUUCCAAAGCAAGCAAGCUGGCAUCUGAUCAUAGACCCACAGAUGCCCCGAGCGGGCUUCCAUCGCAACGGCAUGUUCAUACCCACUCCUCCACGGGACGUGCUCAGAGUCGGCGAGCUGAUGCAGUACAGGUCAGAGGAGAAACUCUUCCUCGUCCGCUUCUUCGACAACAAGCGCAACUGGCAAUGGCUUCCUAAGACCAAAAUGGUACCAUUCGGGGUUGACAAGACAUUAGAUAAAAUCAAAAUGUUGGAGGCUCGCACCUCAAGCACACGGAAAGCUGUGCAAAGCGCCUUCACCCGUGCCAUGAAACACUUGAGCUUAGUCCAGGAUUUCAGCAAUGGUGUCUGAACUUCACUGAAUGGCCACUUCAGGGUUUGUCAUCCCCGGACUUGCCCACUAUCACACCUACAUCUUUGGCUGGCCAUGUUUACGGGGAGCCUAAACGGGCUCCUUCUCUCUGGCCUUCCAUCAGGAGCAGAAUGAGCUUCUUUAAGGAUGACUGUGAGAGGAUCUUCACUAAUGUGCUGUAGCACUGCUGUGAAUACUUACUGCCAUCACCAUCCUUCAGAAAAGCCACGUAGCCAACCUUGCCUGUAAAUACAAGAUCGCUGUAAGUUAUCCAACACUAAUUUAUUAUGCUUCAGUUGGUACCGCACAUUACCUCGUGGAAAAUUUGUACUCCAAGGUGAACAGAGCACUGAGGUGCAGACCCUGUUGGUGCUACAUUAUAAGCAAAGCCUCAAGUUUUUUCCUCCCGUCUAAGGACAUGAAUGAGGCUUUUGCACUUACUGUAUCAAACUAAAUUCCUUUUUAGCAGUUAAGUUAUUGUAAGUUACCAAUGCAAGCUUCUCCUAUUGGCAUUAAUGUUAUCCACUUUUUUAUAUAAUGAAUGAAAAAAAAUAUUCUUACAACUACGUGCUGUUUGUACAUAUUUAUAUAAAGCUAUGAAAUUCUAUACUGUAUAUGUAAUACACAGAGUCAUUUUUGGACAAAGAAAAAAGUAGCGAUGAAAAACCAGAAGUGCAUCACUCAUACAAAACCAAAAAAAUGCUGCCCAGUUUUCUUUAUUUUUAUUUUUAAUUUACAUGAGUGGCUGUAAAAUGUGAGGGUGUGUCUGUGUGUACUGUAUAAAAGAUAGUUGAGAGAUUUUCCAACUUGCAUAUUUUUUCACUGUAUUGGGACUUGUGCUAGAUUUAAGAGAAUGUGCCUGUACAAAUGACUUGUAUUAGAACAAAAAGGUAUGCAAAACUUUAUAGCCAAGAGUGCGUUGAGACAGUUUGGUGAAAGCUGUGGUUUCUCUUUUUUUUUUUUUUUUUUUUAGCGUGUGUGGUUUUUUUGUUUAUUUGUUUGUUUUUUAUCAUAACCAUCUGUUGUGUCAGUUGAACUUUGUCUUUUUUUUUUGUUUGUUCAUAAAGGUUUUGGGUAGCAAGAGAAAUUUUCUUAUGGAUUUCUUAUUUUAUAUGACUGUCACAUACUUAUUGUGAGUGGUGUUCUGUAUUCUUUUCUCUGGGAGGAUCACAUCAUAGUCAAUGGUAGUGAAUGCUGGCAAGCUCCAGUAUUUUUUAUUUUAAAUACACUGAAAAUAAAAAAAAAAAAAAAUAGAAGGAGCAAGGCCUCAUUUUUGUAUGAGAAGUCCAACCUUGUAGAUUUUCCUGCUUAGGAAUCAUUAGGAGGGGACAAAUAGAUUGUCAUAAUUUUAUACAUGGAUGGACUCUGGAAUAGGGUUCAUGUAGGAACACACACAAUCCCCACGUGCAAUAACACUCAGCAGCCACUAAAUUAGGUAUAGCUAAUCAAUAACAGACUGCCAUACCUUUUACAAACAAUGAUAAGUCAUUAUUCACGAUUGGUGCCGCCUUUUACUUCGAACUCAGGUGACUGUAGCGGAGACUUGUGCUCAAAAUCUUUUUUCAAGGGGUGCAUGUUAGCAGGAUAUUUUUAAUAUUUGUUUACCAGUACAAAAAUUUAAUGUGAUCAUUUACAUAUACAGUAUAGCUAAACCUUAAACUGAGUUACUAUCAGUCAGCAUGAUCAGCUGUUUAGAUGUCGCAGUGCAAGUGUUGGUUUUAUAGAAAAAAAUAUUUUUAUCUUCAGUGACCUGUUAUGCUACACUUUGUUAUCUAUGCUACCUCCUCAUUCAUGCUAUGAGAAACACUGCACUUCUUAAAUGAGUCUUUUUUUCUCACACACAAAAAAAUCCCUAAGAAGUAUAUGUAUGCUUAUGGAGUUUAUAUAGCUCACUGGCCACUUUACAGGAAUGCCUGUACACUUGCUUAUUCCUGCAGGUAUGCAAUCAGCCAAAUGUGCGACAGCACAAUUCAUGAAAUUCAGAUGCAAGUGAAGAGCUUCAGGUAAUGUUCACAUCAAACAUCAGUACAGGGGAAAAUGGGAUCUCGGUGAGAAAGCACAACACAUGAAACCUACAGGUCGGUGAGCUACAACAGCUGAAAUUCACAUCAGGGUCCCCUCCUGUCAGCCAAGAACAAGAAUCUGUGGCUACAAUGGUCUUUUUCCAGUGAAUGAGCACAUGUACAGGUGUUCCUAUUAAAGUAGCCAGUGGGUAUGUAUGUGAUGGCAUGCUCUGUCAGGUUUCAUUACUUACUUUUUAAACACAAACAAUAGGGGCAUUAAACGUAAAGUAUAUCUGUUACUGAAAUUUAUUUGCAUUAUCUGUACUGUGAAUCUUAAAUUAAUCUGUAAGACUAUUUCACAUAUAAAUCUCUAUCCAGGGCUCAACAAAUAUCUUUCAAUGGCAACCAUGUGGGACAAACACGAUGUAACAAAAUGAUAAACUGCAAUCACAGCGACAUUUCUAUCUUGGUGGGAUUAAGGGUGUCAGGAGAACUGUUUUCAGCUUUCAGGAUGUUGUUGUCUUCCUUCUACCACCAUCAUAAAGCACCAUCGUAUUCAGGACUGGAUGUGUUGGCGCUUGUAUAAAGUAUAUAUUCUAUCGUAUUGUAUUUUUUGUCUUUUGCCAGCAGGUGGGGCUACACACUGCUGACCGUUCAUUCAUGACCAUCUCAGACUAUCAGAUAAAUUAUGCUUUUUAUCUAAUUAUAAAAAAAUUAUAGGUGUUGCUGAAUAGUUAUAUAAUUAUGUGACCCUUUUUACCUCACUAAUUUGUACUGAACUGCUACUUAACUGUACUUGGAAUACACCAUUGGAGUUUCCUCUUUUCAUACACGUUUCUCAGCUAUAACAUUAAAAACCACCAGCCUAAUAUUGUGUAGGUCCUUGUGCCGCCAAAACAGCUCUGACCCGUUAAAGCAUGGACUCCACAGGACCUCUGAAGGUAUGCUGUCGUAUCUGGCUCCAAGACAUUAGCAGCAGAUCCUCUAAGUCCUGUAAGUUGCAAGGUGGGGCCUCCAUGGAUUGGACUUGUUUGUCCAGCACGUCCCACAGAUGCUUGAUCGGGUUGAGAUCUGGGGAAUUUGAAGGCCAAAUCAACACCUUGAACAGUUUCUCAUGUUCCUCAAUCCCUUCCUGAACAAUUUUUGCAGUGUGGCAGGGCACAUUAUCCUGCUGAAAGAGGCCACUGCCAUUAGGGAGUACCGUUGCUAUGAAGGGAUGUACUUGGUCUGCAACAAUAUUUAGAUAGGUGGUAAGUGUCAAAGUAACAUCCACAUGAAGGCCAGGAUCCAAGGUUUCCCAGCAGAAGAUUGCCAAGACCAGCACACUGCCUCUACCUCUACCGGCACCCGGCUGUCCACAUGAUGUAAACAAAAACAUGAUUCAUCAGAACAGUUCACCUUCUUCCAUUGCUCCAUGGUCCAGUUUUGAUGCUCAUGUGCCCAUUGUAGGUGCUUUCGGCGGUGAACAGGGGUCAGCAUUGGCACUCUGAUCAGUCUGCAGCUACGCAGCCCCAUACGCAGCAAGCUGCGAUGCGCUGUGCGUUUUGACACCUUUCUGUCAUAGCCAGCAUUAACUUUUUCAGCAAUUUGUGGUACAGAAGCUCUUCUGUGGGAUCGGACCAGAUGGGCUAGCCUUUGCUCCCCACGCGAAUCAGUGAGCCUUGGGCGCCCAAGACCAUGUCACCGGUUUACUGGUUGUCCUUCCUUGGACCACUUUUGGUAGGUACAAACCACUGCAUACCAGGAGCACGCCCACAAGACCUGCCGUUUUGCACUAACCCAGGCGUCUAGCCAUCACAAUUUGUCCCUUGUCUCAGUUGUUGCUCAGUUGUUGCUCAGAUCUUUACACUUGCCCAUUUUUCCUGCUUCCAACACAUCAACUCCGAGAACUGACUGUUUACUUGCUGCCUAAUAUAUCCUAUCCCUUGACAGAUGCUAUAGUAACGAGAUAAUCUGCAUAUGUAUUUGGCCAUCAUUACAAAAAAAAUCCAAUACUCAUUAUCUAAAAAGUCAAAACCACCUCAGUCGGCUCUACUCGACUAGGAGGAGCAGUAGGUCUACUCUGUGAAUCUCAUAGAGAGUAUCACAGAGAGUAAGUCCAACAACCCUCCAGAGGAAGCUAAUUUCUGCUGCUUAUACUCAUGACCUUAUUCUUUUGUCCAAAAACUGAACUCAUGCUACACCGCCACAGACCAGUACAGUGACUGUAACACUGCUGUUGUUGACCUGAUCUGUUCAAUUUCACUCUUACUUUUCGUCACUCAUGAACAAAAUUCCAAUAUUGCAUAAACUCCUCCACCAGAAGCAAGGUCUCUCUCCCCUCACCUGAAGGAAGCAUCUAAUUGUUUUCCAGGAGAGAACAAUGACCUUAUACUUGGAAGUGCUGAUUUUCAUCACAGCCUGGGUGGAACCCACUUUGUUCCUCCUAAAUUCUAGUUUCUCUACUCUUGCUUGGAGUUUCUUCUUUUCAUACACUUUUCACUGAUUAUUGGAGUACAUUCUCAGGUUCUUUUUUUAAAAAGUAGGGACCAUCAUCCCAGUUUGCCAGUCCAAACGUGCUGCCCCAGAUCUUAAUGCAACAUCUCUGAUCGAAUUUCAUCCACCCCUACAGCCUUGCAGGUAUGAAGGUGUUUAAACACCAUAGUAACCUCAGCUGGAGAUAGGCUCCAACACAACAGAGAUUUCUGGAACUUUCCCCUGAAGGGAGGGCACGUACACAAGUCUUUCCUCAACGUGCAAACUCCAUCCUUCAAAUAUAUCCCCAGUAGAGGGAAACACUCCCCCACACUUGUUCAGCAGAGCUUGUACAUAUUUCCAUCUCCCCGUCCUGAGGUACUGAACAGUUCGCUAGAACAUCUUUGAGGCCACAAGAAUGUCUUUUUCCAUGCCCUCUCCAAACUCCUACCACGUCCGAGGUCUCGCUUCUCCACUGCUUUUGUGAAGCACUUCUGUCUCUCCUAUACCUCUCAGUUUACUUCUUCUUCAACUUGACAUCUUCCUUCACCCCUUGUCUUCACCAGCACGUCCUAGGAUUACCCCCAUAAUAGUCAACGACAGCCUUGCAACCACAGCAUCUUGCCCGUGAGGACCUCACUGAGUACAAGGGAGAAGUUGUUUUGGAGGUGGAACUUAAAACUGUCUCACGGCAUAAGUUCUACUAGAUGCUCCUAAGCAACCCAGAAUGCUUUCCUUGGUUUACCAGGUAAGUGUCUUAAUGUGAAUGCAUCUAAAUUUUCUGUGAAUGUUUCUGAUCAUGUUCAUCACCAAUCUUGAUAUGGCUUUGCUCUGUUUCUAGGGCCCAAUGAAUAUUAAUGUUUUAUGUUAAUGCUACUCUGUUGUUGUCUUUCCAGUGAAAGGCCUCAAAGGGUUGUAAUUACAGGGUAAUUACUGAUUUGUAAUGGAAACACACUUAAUUGGCAUUAGCUCAAAGCUGCGCACAAGAAACAGAGGGCUUGGCCUCAGUCGAAGGUUUGCCAACCUGGUGGGCAUCUUCUAAAUGACUCCAGUUGUGGCUAUUUAAUAUGGACUUGAACAAAGCUGUGUGGUCUUCUGCAGUUAAUAUGUAAUAUCACCAAAUUGGUUGUUUUGGUUCGACUUUCAAUGUUUGCUUUUAUUUAUUUAUUUUUACUGUGUUUAUUACCAAUUUACCUGUCCAAGCAUAACUGUUGAGUUAGUUAAUAAAAUAUCUAACAAAACACGGAAAGAAGGAACUUGGUUAUAGAUUAGUAUAAUGCAUUUUCUAUUUCUUUCACAAACCACAGCUAUCUGGUCUGAUAUCUAAGUCACUGAAUUUAAACGUAACAAAAGGACACUCAGUCAGUGUGCUGAUUAAUGAUAACAAGGAACAGUGAGAUAAUCUCUGGCAAAGCAUUAUAUCUCAAUAAUUGAUGGAGAAAAGAGGAAGACAACACAGUUUGAUCUAAGUGUAAACAAACAGCUUAACUGCCAUCUGUAUCACAUUUUAACAGUGGGGAUUAAAAAUACAAAUUUAUUACCAUUAACCAUGCAGUGGCUUCUCUUGGAUGCAAAAUUCCUACUUACUUCAGCAGAAAAUCACACAUCUAUUU